CAUAUAUUGACCAUAUUACUUUAUAAUUCUAGAAUGAGCAUGCCUUGUUUGUUGUUUGGAUAUUUUAGGUCACAUGGCCUGGUUGUGCGCAUACGUCGAUGCUUUAGCUUUAAUGGUAAAUGACCGCCCCAAAUACCCCCGUCAGAACAAUAUCCCAGGCACAGACGGGAAUGAGAAACAUUAAUCCAAAAUUGCGAUUUUAAUUGCCCGGCAAGUGGAACCAAACUUAACGUUGCAAUCGGUAUAAGAAAACAUCUUGAUCAGGCAGAUAAAGUGAAGAAUUUGGACUUAACAUGGCCACCCCGGAUGUUUUACAAACGACUUCAAGCAUGACGGAGAAUUUUACUAUUUGCGGUCUAUGUCAGGAGACGUUUAGAAGGCCGAAAGUUUUAACAUGCCUUCACACAUUUUGCUAUGAAUGUUUAAAUGAUCACAUCGGAAAAGUAUUAGGACCGUCGAAACAUCGCCAGUUUUCUUGCCCCUCAUGCGAUAUGGAUAUUGAAUUGCCAGCUCUUGCCGCUGAUGGGCAUUACGCCGAUAACCUUAAGGAUGACCAAUUUAUGACGACAUUAGUAGAGUUAAAGAAAGCCCUGCAAGAAGAUAAAUCGUGCGAUAUUUGCUUAAGAGGGGAUGAGAAAGUUCCUGCAGUAAACUGGUGCUCAGAUUGCAACGAUGCCCUUUGUGAGUCAUGUUCACAAGUACAUCUGCACGUUAAAGUUACGUCAACACAUUCGGUGUCAUCUUUGGAAGAAAUGAGAAAAAUGCCGCUGGAGGCAAUUAUGAGAAAGAAAAACAAAGUGAAUUGUGAUAAACAUGGUGAACAUAUUACACUUUUCUGCGUGGACUGUAAGGAUCCACUUUGUGUUCAAUGCAUGGCCGUGUCGCAUCGGCGUUGUGAAAACGUUAUUACAGUUACUGAUGCUGCUACCACUCGCACUGAUAUUGAUAACAUUAUGGAAACACUUCGUUCAUUGCAGCUUUCACUGGAUAGCGUUGACGGUGUCGGUCACAUUGAAACACAUUUAGAAGAAUCAAUUGAAAACUCAAAACAUGAAAUUAUGUAUCUUAGCAACUCUCUCUGUGCUAGAAUUAGAGAUCAAGAACAGUUUCUUCUCAAGCAGCUUGAAAGUAAAGCCAGUGACGCAAGAAAGAUUCUGAAGGACAGAACAGAACCAAGGAAGUUGCAAAUGAAAACGGCGAAGUCUGCGAGCCAACGCAUGAACAACCUGUUAAAGUACGGCAGCGAUGUUGAAGUAUUAAUGGCAUUUAACCAAAUUCGAAAGCAGAUAGAUGAUUAUAAUGCUCAAGUUGGGGAUAUAAAUCCAGAGAAAUUAAAAGUAAGAGUAGAAUUCAUACCAGAUGAAGGCUCACUAGCAUAUCUAGAAGAGAUGAAGACGCUUGGAGAGCUGCGUAUUGACACUGGAGCCGACGACGGUAUAUCAUGCUGGGGUGUAACGUGCACAUUACAUGAUGACAUCAUCGUCACCGACUGCAAAAAUAAGCGUAUUCAAAAAUUCAGUAAGGCAGGGGAAUUGGUUGAUCAUAUACAACUAGAUGACGAACCACGUGAUAUCACAACUUGUGGAAACGGGAGUGACGUCGCUGUGCCUUUAAUCGGUCGUUUGGUCAUUUUCAUUUCCACAAGAAAGGCUUUGACAUUAAUAAAAAAGACAAAAACAGAGAAACAGUAUGAUGGUAUAUCGUAUUCAGCGACAGAGAGUUACCUGGUGGUAACCUGUAUGAGGGAGCACUGUGUUGAUAUUAUACAGCUGGACGGCGAGGUUCUCAAGUCCAUUAUGUACGACAACACCGGUGAACUGUUGUUUGACGAGCCACGCUAUCUAUCGUCAUCUAUUGACGGGACUAUCAUUGUUUCAGAUAUAGGCUUACACGCAGUGAAGUGUAUAGACAACCGUGGAAAUUGUCUUUACACGUAUAAAGGUCAUACUGAUCUUAAAAGUCCACAAGGGGUUUGUGUGGACAAAAUCGGAAACAUUUUCGUGGCUGAUAAUUCCAACGAUCGUAUCCAGUUGUUAACGAGCAAUGGUGUAUUUCAGAGAUAUGUCCUUGUGAAAGAAUCGGGGUUAGAAAGACCGUGUGCCGUGAUGAUAAGUGGUUCAAGCAGAUUGAUCAUUGUGCAAAACGACGGUAUGGUGAAGGUUUAUACAUACUGUUGAGAGUAUGGCUCAACCAUUUAAUUACUGUUAUAUCUUGUGGAACAUAGUGCUAUAUGACGAAAAAGCAUAAGUGUACACAAACUGUUGAGAGGCUUUCGUAAACGGCAUGGUUCAAAUAAAUAUAUAUGUUGUUGCUAUACCUUGCAGUUCAAAUUGACCGAUCCGUGAGUUACAUGGUGGUGUGGUUAAUGUUUAUACAACAAUUGAAAGUAAAAUUGUUGGGUGGCAUGAUUGAAAUUACUAAAUGUUUCUGUUUUGCGUUGUAAUACAAAUUCAAAAAUCAGUCCGCUAAACGACUGCAUGGUGCAUUUGUGCUGAACAAUGUAUGAUAGUGAUUGAUGAAAAGUGUUCAAACUUGUUAAUCAUCAUGUUCCAAAUACAUAUCUUCAGCCGAGAUUUAGUAGUUCAAGUGCUAUAGUAGAAAGAUUAUUACGAGUAUCAAUUUUAUAUUUUGUCGUUGUGUGUUCUGGCAAAAUGCGAUUAGGACCCAUUUAUAUAUAAACAAAGAAAACAACAAAAUAUUUUUUGCGUAUACGUAUUCAUCAUGAAAGCUUCCGUGAACGAAAUAAACAUUAUAAGAUAAAAUGUGGAAUAUAUGUCUUGUAGAAAAUUUGCUGUUUAAUGGUUAUUAAUCCAGUUGUACAUUUGAUGACUUUAAUGUUGAAGAUGCUACUUGGGAGUUCAAAUGAAACCGAGUGUCUCGUACGCUAUAAGGAUUGUCUUGCUAAAUUCAGAAUGAUAUUUAUCUGUCUUUUUGUUGCUGAUAUCUAUUCAAAUUUGUAUUAUUUUCACAUAUCUGGCUUUAAACGCACAACGUUCUUAAGACGUUAAACUGUCGAAAAGCAUUAAAACAAAUUAUUUUACGUCUAAAUUCUAUCAAAUUAUAAGGGACAUAUUUCUGGUCAGUAAUAAUCCCGUGAAGGGAACAUCAUGAUAUUUUUAUAAGCGGAAUUCUUACAAAUUUGACAUUUAGAGCUUAAAUUGGAUAACUCAAAUUCACAUGGGACAUGUGAAAUUCUUGGAUGUAACAUGAAGUCAAGACAUGUUAAAGUUAAUUUUGAAAUUAUCGGACGUGCUGAGUUAUGUGGUUUUAGUGUAAGCUUACACUUACUGCAGUGACAUUUUUUAUGUUUUAGCAGUUCGUUUAACUAAACUCACAAUGUACUGUGAUUAUAUGCACAGACAUAGUAUUGAAAACGUUUUGUUUUCUAAGGGAAGGUUAUUCGAGUACAGUGAAUAUAUGUUUCAUUAUAAGAUCAAACACGAUAUAAAUAGCGAUUCGUGAACAAGAAAUAUCUGGUAUUCAUGAGUGAAAUAAUUCUUACAUGUAACAAAAACAAUGUUCUCUCAGGUUAAAUUUCAUGUUUAUACAAAGGAUUUUGCAACAUUUUACUCAUUUUGUAAGUCAGCCCCAUUGAAAAAUAUAUUUAAUAUCUUCCAUUCAGCUACUGAUAUCAACACAUAUUUUUCACCGUGCAGAUACAUUUUUCAUUUAUUUUCCCGUUACAUUUCAAUAAUUCUGCUAAAAUAUGUGUUACAAUAUACUUUUGUUUUUAUCUUGAUCAGAGGUAAAUUUAAAAAAAAAUAUGACCAAACGUUAUUUCAGUUAAUUUGCAUAUGUCAUUGUGCAGUGUAUAUAAAUAGAUGUUAGCUCUUAGCAGCGCCUUCUAUAAUAUUGUAUGCACAUAGGAAAAUGGUUGUGAAUUUUGCCGACACAUGCACAAAGCAUGCCAAAAACACCAGGAAUAUCUCAAAACGUUUGGUUCUGGAUAAUGCAUACUCAAACAAAUGCGUCAGUCUAUCUAGUGGUUAAGGUGUCGGCCGCUCAACCCGAGAGUCGUGGGUUCGAGACCCACUGGGGUCACGACAAUGACUUCUCAAAUGACACCAGUACUGGUUUUUCAAGGAAGCGGACUCGAGAGUGGUUCAAAUAAGCUUUAAGUAUAAACUAAACAAAUGCGUUUUCAAAGUUUCUUCUAAUUAUAAUACGAUCUUUUAAUAAUGCACUUUUAAGUUUAAGCUUAGAUAUAAAAGUAAGUAAAAAUGUUUGAACUGAAUUGCACAUAAUUAUUUUUGUAUACAUACGCAGUGUUAGAAAUAUUUGAAUUUUAUACAUUUGUAGUCCAUAAAUAUUUGUUUCUCGUUGAACGUCCGUCCGAAUUAGAUUAUGUGUAGAAAAGUGAUAUUGUUACAUAAUAAUUUAUACUUAAACAGGAAUUGUAAUAAAUAAAAACAAUA